CUAGCAACAAGCUUGGACAAGCUUGCACUUUAAAAAAGUCCUGUUAUGGAAUAUUGCUACGUGCAUUAACCCUAAUGAAGGGCUCAGAGCACUGAGGAAUUUGAUUUGUACAGAAUAAAGAAAUUACUGACAAAGAAACAGUUCACAAAAUGUCAGUUAACAGCAGAAAAACCUCGGGACGUCCAUCCUAUUACUACAGACUUUUGGGCAGGUCACGUCUUCAGAGACAGCGCAGUCGUUCCAGGAGUCGCAACAGGCCAGGAAACAGAGAUUCUCCAAUUGAGAGACCUGGCCGGAGACGCAGCAUGCCGGGGAACACUCCCGAGGAUAACCCCACCGUGGAACCACCCACUUCUACAUCCUUUCGUGUGACGGGGUUCCUGAGCCGUCGGCUGAAAGGUUCCAUCAAAAGGACAAAGAGCCAGCCCAAGCUCGACAGGAACAGCAGUUUCCGGCACAUCUUACCUGGAUUUAGGAGCGUGGAGAAUGAAAGAUCACGUCUAAUGCCGAGGUUGAAAGAAUCGCGUUCUCACGAGUCUUUGCUCAGUCCUAGUAGUGCUGUGGAGGCAUUGGAUCUCAGUAUGGAGGAAGAAGUCAUGAUUAAAUCUGUUCACAGUAGUAUCCUGGGACAAGAUUACUGUUUCGAGGUGACAACUUCAACAGGCAGCAAAUGCUUCUCAUGUCGUUCAGUAGCAGAAAGGGAUAAGUGGAUGGAAAAUCUACGCCGUGCAGUACAGCCAAAUAAGGACAACAGCAGACGGGUAGAGAACCUGCUCAAACUAUGGAUUAUUGAAGCCAAGGAUCUGCCAGCCAAGAAAAAGUAUUUCUGUGAACUCUGCCUUGAUGAUACACUGUAUGCACGGACUACCUGCAAGCUGAAAACAGACAAUGUUUUCUGGGGAGAGCACUUUGAGUUCAGUAACCUGCCCGCAGUCAGAAACAUUACAGUGCACUUGUACAAAGAGACUGAUAAAAAGAAAAAGAAAGAUAAGAAUAACUACGUGGGUCUGGUGAACAUCCCAAUAGCGACUGUGACAGGACGACAGUUUCUAGAGAAAUGGUAUCCUGUGAGCAUGCCCAACCCCAGCAAGGGCAAAUCAGUGGGGCCAAUGAUUAGAAUCAAAGCUCGCUAUCAGAGCAUGAGCAUUCUUCCAAUGGAGCUGUACAAAGAAUUUGCUGAGUACAUUACUAAUAACUAUAUGCUGUUGUGCUCAGUGUUGGAGCCUGUGUUGAGUGUCAAGAGCAAGGAGGAGAUGGCUUGUGCAUUAGUGCACAUUCUGCAAAGUACUGGGAAGGCCAAGGAUUUCUUGACAGAUUUAAUGAUGUCUGAAGUUGAUCGUUGUGGUGACAAUGAACAUCUAAUUUUUCGAGAAAACACCUUAGCAACCAAAGCAAUAGAAGAGUAUCUAAAGUUGGUUGGCCAGAAGUAUCUUCAAGAUGCACUUGGAGAAUUCAUCAAGGCUCUCUAUGAAUCAGAUGAAAAUUGUGAGGUGGAUCCAAACAAAUGCUCAUCAGGAGACCUUGCUGAGCAUCAGAGCAACUUGAAAAUGUGCUGUGAGCUGGCAUUCUGCAAGAUCAUUAACUCAUACUGCGUAUUUCCUCGAGAACUGAAGGAAGUGUUUGCAUCAUGGAGACAGGAGUGUAGCAACCGUGGACGUCCUGACAUCAGCGAGAGAUUAAUUAGUGCUUCCCUCUUCCUGCGGUUCCUCUGUCCGGCCAUUAUGUCCCCUUCUCUCUUCAACCUUCUACAGGAAUACCCAGAUGACCGCACAGCCCGCACUUUGACUUUAAUUGCCAAGGUUACUCAAAACUUAGCUAACUUUGCAAAGUUUGGUAGCAAAGAAGAGUAUAUGUCUUUCAUGAAUCAGUUCCUUGAACAUGAGUGGACCAACAUGCAGCGAUUCUUACUGGAAAUUUCCAAUCCAGAAACCAUUUCAAAUACAGCGGGAUUUGAGGGUUACAUUGAUCUGGGCCGAGAACUCUCCACCCUACAUUCACUGCUCUGGGAAGUGGUUUCACAAAUGGAGCAGGCAACUUCAACAAAGCUUGGCCCCCUGCCUCGCAUUUUAAGAGAUGUCAACACUGUGCUGACCAACCCAGGAGCUGUACCUGUGCCAACGACCUCUGACCCAUGCACCUCAACACCAAACCCCUCCAAUAGCAGCAUAUCGUCAGGCCUGCAGAAGAUGGUGAUAGAUAAUGAAUUUAGUGGUUUAUUAGAUUGUACAAGGUUACCGUCUCCUACCCCAGAAAACAAGGACCUGUUUUUUGUCACAAAGUCCUCUGCAGUACAGCCAUCCCCUGCUCGCAGCUCAAGCUAUUCCGAAGCCAAUGAAGCAGAGCAACAAAUGCCAAAUGGUAACAAGAGCAUAUCAAUGGUUGACUUGCAAGAGAACCGCAGUUUGGACAGUACAACAAGUGCUCCCAAUACAGGUGAUUCCCUAAAUGACAGUCAAGGAUCCAGUGGGCAUUUACAGACAAUAUGGCCUCCAAGACCCCCUCAAAAUGCAGCGUCAACUGGGGUUGGGAAUGUAGGACGUAAGCCUGGACAAACAGCAAGCACACCUAAUGCAGAUGGCACACCAGGAAGACCACAGCUUCUGGCACCAUUAUCUUUCCAAAACCCAGUGUACCAGAUGGCAGCAGGUAUUCUAGUUUCACCACGUGGAGUGGCAGACUCAGGAUCAGAAUGCCUCAGCUCUAUUAGCUCCCACAGCAAUAAUGAAGAACUGGCAGCCAACAAAUCCACUUUUCUUAGCCAUACAAGCACAGAAGACUUUACCAGGCGUUCUGGAGAAUUCACAAGAAGACAGCUUUCCUUAACAGAGAAGGUUCCUCAGAGUGUAGUACCACGUCAGAACAGUGCAGGCCCACAACGCCGAAUAGACCAACCUCCACCAACAGCUCGAGGCAGGACACCACCAGCUUUAUUAUUCAACCCCCCUCAGUAUCCAAGGCCUUCCAGUGGAGGUAUUACACCAUCCUCAUCAGAAUGGCCAAGCACUGGCACAAAGCUGCGGCAGCAAUCAUCAGCUUCUAAAGGGGACAGUCCUGAAAUGAAACAACGCACAAUACAGAAACAGGCCCCCUCACCUGCAAAUGCCUUGUCCUCAGUGGACCGUACUGCAGCAUGGCUGAUGAAUAUGAAUAUGCAAUUCAUUGAUGACGAAACAGUGGACCCAGGCUCUAAGCGCAGGGAUGAUGUCAGACCUAAAGAGGAAUUUAGCCAGAUAGAGAAGUAUCAGCAGGAGAUUGCCAUACUUCAGGAUAAACUGAGGGCCUCCAAUCGGAAGCUGGAAGAAUAUGAGGUGCAUUUAAAGAACCAAGAGGAACAUGCACAAAAGAUGAUGCUGGAAUACCAAGCCAGACUGGAGGAGGGCGAGGAACGACUUCGCAGACAACAAGAUGACAAGGAGGUGCAGAUGAAAGGCAUUAUCAGCAGGUUAAUGGCUGUUGAAGAUGAGCUGAAGAAAGAUCAUGCAGAGAUGCAGGCAGCAGUAGACUCUAAGCAGAAGAUCAUUGAGGCACAGGAGAAACGCAUUGUCUCACUAGAUGCAGCUAAUGCCCGACUGAUGAGUGCCCUGUCACAGCUGAAGGAGCGAUACAGCAUGCAAAGCCGCAAUGGCAUCUCCCCGACCAAUCCCACUAAACUACAAAUCACUGAAAAUGGGGAAUUCAGAAAUAGCAGCAAUUGCUAGAUUGAUGAUCCAUAACUGCAAAUGACAUUAGUAUGAUGAGUGCUUACAACACAAGAUGUGUUAAAGCACAGGCAACAGUUAGACUAACAGAGAAAAGUGUGUCCAAAUAUCUUUUGAUUAAGUUCGUUUGUUUAUAAGAAGUUCCUUUACAUGGUCGCUUGGACAAAGAAGCAUGUUAAUCAGAAAAAAAUGUAGUAAACCUUGGAAAGUUUCAGACCAACAUGUUGCACUGAGAACUACCCCUGUAAUGUUUAAGAUAUGGGGCAUCGAAUCUCAACUUAGCGUGCAGUCGGAUUUCAAAGAUGAAAUUACCAUAAUCAUAAAACAGUGCUGAAAAAUUCUGUUUUACACCAAUGCAGAUUCUGUUUGAUUAUUCCUGGGCCUCACCAUUUUUAAUGCUCAACUAUAAUAUCCUCAACAUCAAGUGGAUCCACUGAACAGUUUACCUUGUGAAAUGCCUCCGAGCAGAAACUGGGAAGUUUGGCUAUUACUUUAUUGCCACUAUAAUUAGGUAUACAGACCCUAAUGAAACACCAGUUUUAUAGAAGUUACAGUGCUUUAUUCCCUCGUUAUGUAUCACUUAACUUACUGAUAAUUAGUAUUUUCCAAUUUUGAACUCCCAUGUGCUUCAGCAGCUGCUUGUUGCUGUUGCCACCUCUCUAGCUCAGUGUUUAUAAUCGCACUUUUACCAUGCACAUGACGUUUUUGGGGGAAUAUGAUUUUCUUAUUUUUGAAGCCUUUUAUAAGGAAAUGCUACAGCUUAAAGUUCAUGGAAACAUGUGGAUUCACAUAUAUUCACCUGGAUUCUACUACUCAACAUGUUCACCUAGGUAAAGCUAUCCUUUAAUUACAGAAGAAUGCUUUGAGGACAUGAAACUACAACAAGAAAGUUACUAAAGUGAUAUCAGAGUGAGGAUUGCUCUGGGAGGUGCUGCAUAGAAGUUACUUACUGAGAAAGCUUGACUACAACAUGAUUUUUUGACUGAAUAAUCGAAAGUGAUACAAAAUACAGCUCCUGAAUCAAAGUGAUAUGUGAAAGAGGCAGAUGGUAGGCUUGUACUCACCAAGUAUGUGAAUCACUACUUUUGGAUGCAUUUGAUAUUUAUUUAAUCUUGUCAGUUAUCUUCAGAAAACUUCUUAAGUUGGUUUUAUUUUCAUUUAUGCACCAUUUUCUUUUAAAAAGUCCUUUAACUAUAAAAGGCUUUUCUGUACAAAUUGAUGGUCUUGGUGCAUUUUCCAUAUUCUGCUGUUCCCAGAGAAACAGAUGGACACUGUUGUUUCAAAAACAAUUCUGAUUUUAAAACUAAACCUUUAAAAUGAUACAGUAAGAUUAGUUCUAUUAAAAUUUAUACUUUGUGUGUGUUUUGUGAGGGUAUUUAAAAACCCAAGAGAAAGAUUAACUUUCCUCCUGAAAAUUUUUACUUUUAACUGUGUCAGUCAAUUUUUGCAUCAGUACUGUGUUAAAAUCCUAUGUAUCUGAAAAACUGUAUAUAGUUAACAUCUGUUUCUGGUACUGCUUGUCUCAAAGUCGCGGCAGAGUGACUGCAUCUUUAACUGCUGUUUAUGUUGUUAAAAAUGUCUGAAAUGCCAGUGGUGGCAAAUUAAAACCACUUUAUAUAGGCAAACAAAAUCACUGUGUGAUUGCAAUCUGUGGUUCUGUAGUUCAAGACCAUUUGUUAUACUUAUUGACUUUUCAGAUUUGCAGCAUCUUAAGUUGCGUUUGUAUUUAGCUACACUGACACAUGACAAGUAUCAUGACUGCACCAGUGAUUCGGUAUAAUAAGCCCACUAGCCAGUUCAGUGGUUUCACAGAGGGGGAGAAAGGGGGAAUAAUUCUGUGUACUGAUUUAAGCACUGCUAUGGAAUGCAAGAAGCCGAGAGGGAAAAACAACAUAUCGUCCUGAAAUUCUACACAUUAGCAAAAAUAAGACGUGCCAUACAUCCUAUAAACAGCAUAAAACAAGAAGUCAAAUUUUUAAAAUGCACUGCUAAAACCAGAACAUUCCUAGCCAUACCCAUGUAGCAAUUAAACAAAGAUGGCCUUUCUUGGGAUUUAAAAAAUAUUUGUUUGUAGUUGCAUUUAAAAAAGCUUUUAUAAUUUUCAGUUUUUAAAAGCAUGUAAAAUACUCUGCAUCUGUAAAAGACCAUGUUUGUAAUUUGAAUUAAACUACACACUGUUAAUUUUAUUUGUUUUAUAAACUGUGGAGGCCCUUUAAAAAGGUAAAUGUGUAAAAGUCAUAGGUAUCAUUUCUUGGUGUUUCAACUCCUGUGCAGUAAACGGAAAGCCACAGACCUUAAAGUGAUGCUUUCCCAUGUAAAUCACAUUUUAAUGCCUGAAACCAAAGUGAAAAUUGAUGGAGACAGAGAGGAAUGUCUGGGAGAGUUAGAAGCUUGAGUAUGUGGGAGUGUGUGGAGAAGAAAUAGUCAUAGAGAUGUACAGCAUGGAAACAGACCCUUCAGUCCAACUCAUCCAUGCUGACCAGAUAGCCCAAUCCAAUCCAGUCCCAGUUGUCAGCACUUGGCCUAUAUCCCUCUAAACCCAUCCUAUUCAUAUACCCAUCCAGAUGCCUUUUAAAUGUUGCAAUUAUACUAGCUUCCACCACUUCCUCUGGCAGCUCUUUCCAUACACUCACCACCCUUGUGAAAACGUUGCCCCUUAGGUCUCUUUUAUAUCUUUCCCCCCCCCCUCACCCUAAACCUAUGCCCUCUAAUUCUGGCCUCCCCCAUGCCAGGGAAAAGACCUUGUUCUGUUUAUCUUAUCUAUGCCCCUCCUGAUUUUAUAAACCACUAAGGUCACACCUCAGCCUCCAAUCUCCAGGGAAAACAGCCCAGCCUAAUCAGUCUCUCCCUAUACCUUAAAUCCUCCACCAAUGGCAACAUCCUUGUAAAUCUUUUCUGAUCCCUUUCAAGUUUCACAACAUUUUUCUGAUAAGAAGGAGACCAGAAUUGCACGCAGUAUUCCAAAAGUGGCUGAACCAAUGUCCUGUUCGGCCACAACAUGACCUCCCAAACCCUAUAUCCAGUGCUUUGCCCAAUAAAGAAAGCAUACCAAAUGCCAUUAACCUAUCUACCUACGGCUCUACUUUCAAGGAACUAUCAACCUGCAUUCCAAGGUCUCUUUGUUCAGCAACGCUCUCCAGGAUCUUACCAUUAAGUGUAUAAGCCCUGCUCUGAUUUGCUUUUCCAUAAUGCAGCACCUCGCCUUUAUCUUAAUUGAACUCCAUCUGUCACUUCUCAGCCCAUUGGCCCAUCUGAUGAAGAUCCUGUUAUACUCUGAGGUAAACUACACCUCCAAUUAUGGCAUCAUCUGCAAAUUUACUAACUGUACCUCUUAUGUUCACAUCCAAAUCAUUUUUUAUAAAUGAUGAAAAGCAGUGGACCCAGCACCGAUCUUCGUGAUACACCACUGGUCACAGGCCUCCACACCGAAAAACAACCCUCCACUACCACCACCCUCUGUCUUCUACCUUAGCCGGUUCUGUAUCCGAAUGAAUUGUUCUCCCUGUAUUCCAUGAGAUCUAUUCAAUCUCCCAUGAGGAACCUUGUUGAACGCCUGACUGAAGUCCAUAUAGAUCACGUCUACUGCUCUGCCCUCAUCAAUCCUCUUUGUUACUUCUUCAAAAAAUUCAAUCAAGUUUGUGAAACAUGACUUCCCAUGCAACAAGCUAUGCUGACUGUCCCUAAUCAGUCCUUGCCUUUCUAAAUACAUGUAAAUCCUGUCCCUCAGGACUCCUUCCAACAACUUGCCCACCACCAAUGUCAGGCUAGCUGGUCUAUAGUUGCCUUGCUUGUCCUGACCACCUUUCUUAAAUGAUGGUACCACGUUAGCCAACCUCCAGUCUUCCAGCACCUUAUCUGUGACUAUUGAUGAUAUAAAUAUCUCAGCAAGGGGUCCAGUAAUCACUUCCCUAGCUUCCCACAAAGUUCUAGAGUACACCUGAUCAGGUCCAAUGUUGGGUGGGAGGGGAGGUAAUAUUUGACUGAGGUGGGAGAUUAACAGAUUAAGCCACACCCACCAACAGAAAAAAUUGUGAACAUUUAAAAAGUAAGCAUACCACCGUAUACACUGCAGUGCCACCACCACAGCUACAGAGUUAGUGACCCCAAAAUCUUGUCCUGUGUCAUCAGAGUUUAGGAAUCUCUGCCUGAAGCAGCCAGUCAGGAUCUCAUGAGGGUUUAUCAUAGUACCUUUGUGGUCACUGAUUUCCUGUACAGUCAUUGAUACAUUAUGUCCAUGCUGUAUGUUAGUAAGAACAUUGGGUGGCUGACACUGGUCUUAAAAGGGAGUCCGAGAGAUGUAUUUACACUUGCAAGCAUCAAGGUAUGAACCAUCAUCUGCUGGGAUCUCCUCAGAUAAACAAGAAGUUAGAAAAUCAUUAGUUUAACCUUGUAAUUUCAAGUCGAAUGAAAUGUACCAUUCUUAAGAACAAUUAUCCAUACAAAAUAAACAAUUUGCUCUAUAUUUAACAUUGUAACUUCAUGCUUAGUACUUAGUAAAACUGAAAAUACUUCAAGCGCAGAUUUUUCACUGAAAAGAAAAUGGAUAUAUUUAGAAGAUUCUGUAAAAGUCCUAAAGUGUUUUGAACAAGUUGCAGUAGGAGCUUUAACAGCACCACAUUUCAAGAUGCCAGUGGCCUGAAGGUCUGCAGAUAGAAGCUUUCCGAAAAGGUGACUCUGCUCAGUCUCCUCAAACAUAGCAUCAUGCCAAAGAUUUUGUAUCUUUUGGCAUCUUGGGAUACUGCGAGUUUGUUAUUUCCAUGAGCAGUUCUUAGAUUAAAAUACUGAGUUAUUCCCAGUCCAUGAAAAAUCCACAGACAUCUACAAUUUUUGUCUGUAAUGUUAGAAUGAAAAAAGAUACAGGAACAGGUUAGUUCAAAAAGUAAUUGUUUUGUUUUGGAAUUUCUAGCUUUUAAAUGCUAUGUUGAAAACAAUAGCCACCAUACUUUUUCUAGAACUGAAUUUAAAAUGCGAUUGUACUAUCACAGAAUUUAAGGCACGUGUCUAGUACUCUAACUUGCUGCAAACAAAGAAAUUAAAAUAGUUCAAAUUAUUCUGUCCUUCGACGCAGUGUUAAAGGACAUACCUCCAUUAACUGGUGUUUACUGAUACUUGUCCCUUGGAAAGCUGUUGUAUGUUUUAUAUCCUUACACUUUUGUAAGUAUGUUUAAAGUAUUUGCUGGACUCACUUCAGCUUACUUAACCUGUAAUAAUGUACAAAGAAGUUGGUUGUGUUAAAUAUGUGG